AUGUAUCAUAAGCGAAAUAACAUGAAUGAUCUUAAUGAAAACGAACGUGAGGAGCUUCAGCACUUUAUUAACAUUUUAUACUCCUUUAUGUCAUACAAGAGGGACGGAUCUGUCGAGGUUGAACGGGUAUAUAGGUCAUAUAACCUUCUUUCUGAGGAUGAUAAAAAGCUCCUCAUAGAAUCUCCCGCAGCCAAGUCAAUAAAGAUGCUAAAGGCCAUUAUUACUAAUCAAAACUUUAUAAUUUCUAUGGUUUCUGGAAUUAUUAAUUUCGAUAAUUAUGAAGGGAAGAUGGACAAGUUGUACCUCGAAAAUGAGAACAAGUACACUAACGAAGAUGUCAUUAGGGAACUUCGUAUCAUUGUAAAGAAUACUUCCUUCUGUAACACACCCGAAAAUCUUGACGACUCUGAGAUAAAUCCAACCACUGAUCCUGUGGUUUUACAUAGGAAUGGAAAUUGGGUCCGAACUACUUUACGGCAGUUUGUUAGGGAUUGGUCUGAUGAAGGGGAAUACGAACGCAAUCAAUGCUUCAAACCACUUUUGGAUGCUCUUAAGCGUAAAUUACCAAUCAAAGAUCCAAAGAAUCCUCCAUUAAUUCUUUGUCCUGGUUGUGGACUUGGUCGACUUCCAUUUGAGGUUUUGAGGUUAGGUUACUCUAGUCAAGGGAACGAGUUUUCUUAUUUCAUGCUUAUUGGUUCAAACUUUAUUAUUAAUCAUUCUAUUAAGCCUAGGACUUUCAAAAUCUUUCCUUAUUGUCUUGAUACUAGUAACAGAAUUUCUAACGAUGACCAUUUAAAGGAAGUUUAUAUACCUGACGUUUCACCAUCGAGCUUUAAUUUUGAGUCACAUAAUUUUUCUAUUUGUGCUGGUGAGUUUACGGAGGCCUACGAUGACUUCUUUGAAUACUUUGACGGGAUUCUUACAUGUUUCUUUUUGGACACAGCCAAGAAUGUUAUUUCUUACAUUCGAACUAUUGCCAAGAUUAUAAAAAAAGGAGGGUUGUGGGCAAAUAUUGGUCCCCUUCUUUAUCAUUACGCUGAUUUAACUCAUAAUUCAAUCGAGUUGGCCUGGAAUGAGAUUGAGAAAAUAAUCUCGAACUGGUUUACUAUUGAGAAUGUUGAAAUAAAGGAUGCUAAUUAUACUUCUAACUCCCUGAGUAUGAUGAAAACUCAGUACAAGUGUAUAUAUUUCGAGGCGAUAAGGAACGAUGUUGAAGUUUUCGGCAAAUCAAUAACAUUUUAA